AAAGAUUCAGUGUUAAAGGAACCAAAAUAAAGAAAAUACUGGAACAAUUUACAUAUUUAAAUGAGAAUAUAUUACGAUGGAUUAUUUUGAAAUUAUACAGCGACUUAAUAGCGUGUUGAUAAUAACUAAUAACUUUAUAUGUGCAUGAUUUAAAUAUCCUUGUAGGGAAUAUUCACAGAAAUAACUUGACGUGAUAGAAAUUGAAAAAAAAAAGGUCUUUCUUGAAGGGAUCAUGAAUGUAAAAAAUGGCGGGAAAGGCGUCAGUGAUUUCCUCAAAAAUAAACCAAACUAAACCCAGCUAAUUCAUGCCUCAUUAGUUCAGAAAAAAGAAUGGACGUUUAGCGUAAAUAAAACCCGACCAAUACUUUAGCUUAAUAAGAAAUGAUUUUAAUAAGGAAAUAUGAAUUACAAACAGAAGGGGAAACGAGAUCAAAGGAAAAUGAAGUGAAGUGAAUAUAAUACAACAAAUAAGUAAAUAAAACCAAAGAAAAAAAGAAAGGAAAAAUACACCAGAAUGAAGUAGAGAAGAAAGAAGCAAGAAAACUAGUAAAAUAUACACCAAGAUGGCGUCGUUAGAAGGAAAAACAAAAGAAGCCCUUUGGAAAAUGGUGUUUCUUUUUCCUCUACUGGCGCUGGGAGCUUCGUCUGUCAUAGCUGAAGAGAACCAGUGUGGACGGCCAGGACGCCCCGUGAAUGGCACAGUGUCUACGUCAGGAAGGUUCUAUUUCCCCAGAGAACGUGUGGCCUACAAGUGCCUGGAGGGGUUCGUUCUGUUCGGCGCCGAGGAACGAACCUGUCAGAAGAAUGGAACGUGGAGUGAUCAAGUCCCCCUCUGUGACUUUAACUUAGCGCGGGGUAAAAGGACACUCCAGAGCGCGACGUUAUGGUCCUAUGCUCCCGAGAUGGCGGUCGACGGCAAUCCUGACACCUGUUCUUUCACCCCCCGAGGCCCCCAGCCCAGGUGGUGGCAGGUGCAUCUGGGACACAAGUUUAACGUCAUCAGUGUGGGUGUUACUAUUAGUCCAGGGUCGGUCCAGGAGUUCACCAUCUACGUCAUCGAGCUGCUCACAGACAACAAAGCCCUCUAUAAGCCAUGCACCACCUUCAAGGGAGUGUUCCAGACCCACAAGGCGUUAUUCCACUGCAACGACGGCUUGGGUCACCCCGGUCAGUUUGUUUACAUCCGGGACGACCGUGAAGAGCAGGAGUAUUUUGGUCUUUGUGAGGUGGAGGUCUUUGCUUUUCGAGAACGUAUCCCGUGUGGUGAGCCGGAGGUGCCCGUGGAGGGGGAAGUUGUCCGCCAGGGUGAAACCAAAGCCUCCUAUACCUGUAGGUCAGGCUUCAGGUUGGAGGGUGACCCUGUCUUAACCUGCUCCUCCAAGGGCAAGUGGGAAGGUCAGACUCCAAGGUGUAAGGAGUCACAGUGUCCAGCCCCAGAACACGUCAGCCAUGGGUUCAUCGAGGUCGCCAAUUUCCACGGGGUGUACGGAUAUGGCACAGUGGCCACUUAUACCUGCAGCCCGGGCUAUGUCCUUUAUGGAAACUCUACCCGCACUUGCGACCACACCGGCCACUGGACCAACGAAUCACCUACGUGCCAAGCUGUAACAUGUGGCUCACCACCAGUGUUCCCACAUGCUCGACACACACUAAUCAAUGGUUCCACCAACUGGAAUGGAAUCGCUGUGUACACCUGUAGUGAUGGCUAUAGACUGCAUAGAGACACGGGCGACACAGUGACAACUUGUAUGGACAUCGGUGCCUGGCGCUUCAUCAAUGUGACCUGUGUGCCAAUAGAGGUGCCAUCGGCAGCCAUAACAAGUGUACGUCGCGGGGAAGGUCGUGCCCUCACCUACGACCUGACCCAGACUCCUCCCACAGAGCCCCAGGGCACGCAGAGCCUGGUGGUGGCUCUGGCUGUGGUAGCAGGCCUCCUGACAGCAGCCAUGCUGGUGGUGGGGACACUGUUAGCAAGGCGCCACUUAAUCUCUGGGCCCGGUUCACUCCGCUCGCUGGUGAGGUCGACUCCCACUAAAGAUGCUACACUGUAUGGUGUCAUGGUUGGCCCUCGGCAUCAUGAUGCCUCUGCCACUGUCAGCAGCAGUAGUGUUGCAGGUGGCAAUGAUACACCGAUGGGAGUAAAUGUUUCUCCAGUUGAACCAGGGAUAAGGUCAUCUAUGUAUCAGCAAAAUAUUUUGGCAAAUUUACCCUCAAGGCCAGAUGACCAUGUGACCUCCAUCACUGAGUCAGAAUUUGAUGAUGACCCAAAUUAUGCUCAUAUAAAUGGCCAGGAGCCACCUUAUGAGAGGGUACGGACCCGAUCUGAGCAUAGUUAUGAAACGCUGCGCAAAAAAUCUCUUAUAUCAGAAUUCGACAGUGAGUCUGGGAGUGGGAGAGAAUUAGGUGACAAAGAUAGUGUUGGCUAUGAGUCUGUUAAAGAAAGUAAGGGAAAAGAAGCAGGAUAUGAAGUAGUGAAGGAGAAAGACCACGAUUAUGAAACACUGAAGGAGAAGGAUCCUGGGUACGAGACAGUUGAAGACGGUCCGGACCACGGCUAUGAGACAGUACGGGAGACCAACACACACCACGGUUAUGAAACUCUCAAGCCUAAACCUCCGCCUCCCAGGACAGGAAUAGAGUCUCCCAUUCCAACAGACAGUGAAGAAAAUGUCCCAGAUAUCUUACAAAACCUGGCCAGUGAAACCUCAACACCUGUUGUGCCACCAGAGAUCUUGGCCUUGUAUGCUCGUGUGGAUAAGAGCAAAAAACGGCGGCGUGCAGAUGUUGCCAGCGACUCCGACAGCACCCGGGGAAGUGAGACUUGUUCCCCAGUACCACCAGCACCACCACUCUCACCAGUACCACCACACUCACCAGUACCACCACACUCACCAGUACCACCACACUCACCAGUACCACCACACUCACCAGUCAGCCCCAGUAUAAGCACCAACAGCAGUACUACUAGCAUCAGUGACCCUGCAACAGAUGUCAGUUAUAUGAGUGAGGGACCUCCAGUACCCUAUGUUGCCAAAGACCUAAUUCGCAAGUUCAACCGGCUGACCAGUGAGGAGGACAUGUCUCCCCGACCUCGCAGCAGGCAGGGCAGCGUAGCCAGUGAUACGGGAAGCUUGCGACCUCUCCCUCCCCUCCCUAAAGAAAGUGACUAUGCAACGCCUCCCUGCUAGCAUCACCAAAUUAUGUAGUGUCCUCCACCAUAGUAGAGUUGUUUGUGUUGAAUCAUCUCACAUCACUGCAGUUGUGACACAUUCACACUCAUCCUUGUUGUCUCCUAUCAUAAAACUGUGCUUUAUAUGCCAAAUGUAUGGGCUAAUAAACCAGGAGUUAAUAAGCUUAUAAUCAGCAAGAUUUUUCAAACUAAAAUAUUACCAAUAUGAUAUGGGUUGAAACUAAUACUCUAGUUUAAAAGGUAAUUGUAAAGAUAUGUUCAUAAAACUAAUUACUAUUGUUGAUACUUCAUGUACAUUACAGCUUUAAAUAUUGUAAAUAUCUUUCAUGUGUUGAUUUGCUAACAUGAAACAAUUCACAGUAAUGAACACAGAAUUUAGCGUUAAACUCAGCAUGCAAAAUAAAAAGCAAUAUUUGUGCUUUAAUAUGAAAUUACAUUACUGGUUAUGAGGCUGGGAUGAGACAAACAUGUUGACCUUGAUAUUAAAGUGAUCGCCUUAGUGUUAUUAAACAGUUUUGUGACAUAAACACUUAUUGGUGAGCUUUACAAGAAUGACCAAAUAAUUACUAGGUAUUUUAUUUAUAUAUGUGUGUCAGGCAUAGUGGAUUGUUAUUAUUAUUCAGCAUACUUUUUGUUUGAGGACCAGGUUGAGUUAGAGUGUUGUACUGUAUUUACAUGCUCUUGGACUUGGUACUGUACUGUGGUUCUCCUCUUGAUAAAAUUAAUUAGUGAACUCAAGAAAUUUUUCCAAGUCAGAUCUGUUCAUCUCGGCUCUGAUAAACAGCACAUAGUGAAGACCUAUUAUAGCGAGUCAUUUGUAUUGUGUAUAUUUAUAUCAUCCACUUGGUCUGUCGUACUCUCACCACACUGGAUCACGCUUGAGGAUUUAUUUCACUCACAAGGUUAUUGGCGCACCUCUAUAUUCAACGUACUCAUGCCACACACCCAUAAACACAGUAACUCACCUUUCUCUUCAUCAAUCCUUACUUUUCUUGGUAAAAUGGGACAGAACUGGUGGUUACAGUUCAAAUUGGGCUCAGUCUCAAUAGUUAGAUUAUGGCCCAAUUAGGACUGAUACACACUGUACCUAUUUGAUUAAUCACUUUAUCUCGUAUCUCAAGCAUCACAAGACACUAAAAUCAACAUAAAAAAUAUAUUGAUUCCAGCCAUACCUUAAAUAUUCUUCUACAUGAUUUUGUUGUUUUCAGUACUGUACCAAUAUCUACUUACCUCAUUGAAAGCAGCUUAAUCAAUGUCUCCAUACCGUACUUGCUCACACCGCCCUCCUAAACCAUUUUGUGCUUUCAUCAUCACCGCUGUCAAACACAAAAGGUCAGGUUUAUAGUGAGUUAAUGUCUAAUAUUUCAUGUGUAUUAUUUAUUUAGUAUGACACCAGCCAUUUUUUUUAGGCCCUUCUUGUGAUGUAGUUACCAUAUUUUUUCUUGUUUAAUUUUAUAAGAUUGUUCAACUAAUGUGGUUUACGAUUCUUCUUAUGUUUGUUGUAUAUACAUUCGGAUGCACACAAGUUCUGAGGGUUAUAAUUUAUAUGACUGUACACUUGAGUUCAGGUAAAGAGGAAUACAGUAUUUUUUUUUCUUUAUAGAUUGUAAUAUAGUGAGGAAGAUAAUGCUUAUAUAUCAUAGCGAAGGUUUGUAUUUUAUUUUAUACUUUAUCUUCAGUAAUGUAAUCACACUGUGUAGUAUUUUCUGGUGGUAUUGGAUAACAUGCAAAGUGGUAUAAAUCCAUCAGAACUCUAUGAAGACAGGGACACACUCUUCCUUUAAUUCACUUUAUGUUAGCCCCAGAAUUUCACUAAUAUAACUGUUAUUUAUGAGACAAAAACAAGAGAGAGGGAGUAAGUAGAGAGAGAGAGAGAGAGAGAGAGAGAGAGAGAGAGAGAGAGACAAUUGAGAAUAUAGCAUCAAAAAACCUUAUUGAAAAUACACAACCCGCUAAUAUCAUCAUAAACAACGGACAUGUCAGCGAUACUAUGAAAAGACCAUGUACAGUAGUCAUUAAGUUAAUAAAAAAACCUGUCAGUCAUUGUCUGUCUCUGUGUUGAAAUAUAAAGCUGUAGGUUAUUGUACAAUAUCUCAAAAAAAAAGUCUCUCCAAACUCUUGUGAGACAUUAUGAGACAACAGAUCAUAGAUAUUAGGAUAUGUAUUUACUUUGGUAUCUAGUUUAAAUACAAGUAAUGCAAUGUUUAUUUAUUUGUGUGGAAUUAAUAUGAUGUUCGGUUACCAAAUGUAGUAGGAUCAGUAAGCCACAGAGCCAGGCAUAUCAACCCUCCCGGGACAGCACGAGUUGCAUGUAACAUUUCAGAAGGCUUCUGACCAAUCUUGGCAGAUACCUUAGGUUAAGACUGUAAAAUUUCAUAGACACAUCCGAGUAUGUUUGUAUGUGUGUAUAUAUAUGUGUGUGUGUAUGUAUGCUUGUAUGUGUAUGUGUGUGUGUAUGUAUGCAUGUAUGUGUGUGUAUGUGAAGGGGAAAGGGAGCAUAAAUUCCCUCAUUUGUACACUACAGGUUAAAAGGAUGUUUGUUUUAAGCUCCUCGGCCUACCAAAUGAUUGCGAUUGUGUGAUUUUUAAAUUUUUUUGGUGUGUGUGUACGGUAAUAUUGGAUGAGUAGAUACACUUAGGUGGCCUCCCUACACCCCCUUCUUUUCUAUACUGUACUGUAGUUGAUAAGAGUCUUAAGUUAUGUGGUACAAUGUUGUCUCUUAUCAGGAAAAUAAUGAAUAUGAGGACGAAAUAUCACUAAUUGUUUAAGGUUGAUGAGGAGAAAAGAUCACUAAUUAUUUACGGUUGAUGAGGAGAAAAGAUCACUAAUUAUUUGCAGUUGAUGAGGAGAAAAGAUCACUAAUUAUUUACGGUUGAUGAGGAGAAAAGAUCACUAAUUAUUUACGGUUGAUGAGGAGAAAAGAUCACUAAUUAUUUACGGUUGAUGAGGAGAAAAGAUCACUAAUUAUUUGCAGUUCAUGAGGAGAAAAGAUCACUAAUUAUUUACGGUUGAUGAGGAGAAAAGAUCACUAAUUAUUUACGGUUGAUGAGGAGAAAAGAUCACUAAUUAUUUACGGUUGAUGAGGAGAAAAGAUCACUAAUUAUUUACGGUUGAUGAGGAGAAAAGAUCACUAAUUAUUUACGGUUGAUGAGGAGAAAAGAUCACUAAUUAUUUACCUGUUGAUGAGGAGAAAAGAUCACUAAUUAUUUAUGGUUGAUGAGAACAGUAGCUUACUAAUUCAUUUUGGUUGAACAUAUUCUUUAGCUACUGUCAUUAUUAUCACAUGAAAACUUACACACACUCUGUAGAGAUUAAAAUGUCUCUAAAAAUUAAGUUUUUCUUCAACAAAGGAUUAAUUGGAGCCGUCCUCUUUAUUCUUGUAUAUAUCAUGUACUGUACCUGUAAUAGGGUGAUUGGUGAGCCUGUUUGUGUAUUCAUGAUUUUAAUUGUAAUUUUGUAUUCUACAUUUAAUGUCCUCUUCUGUAUUUGUUGAUUUGAGUCGUGCAUAAUCCUGUGUUUUAUUUGGUUGUUAUGUAUAAAGAUUACAGUAAUGUAUAUGAAUAGUGAAUUAAGUUAUUAAUAUAUCGUACCAUAUUGAAGUGUUAUUCGCAUGCAAUUAAGUUAUAAAUACUGUACAUUCAAUUAGUUUUUAAAUACAUUAAUUUAAUUAGUGUUGCAUCUUGUCGACUAAACUGGCACUCUGUUGACUGUUACUCUGACAACAGGUCUCGUUGUGUCUAACCAUUAGAGUUGCUUGUGCGUCACCUUAAGUUCUAAUGUUCACAUACUAACUGCUGUACUGUACCAUAUAUAGAAAAACAGAUGAUGGUGAUGAUGCCGUUAAAUUAUGAUACAUUUACAUUAACUAUUGCUAAAACUGUUAUUUGUAUUCUAUGUUGAAGAUGGGCUCAGAAUAGUCAGUCACCAAUUAGAUUUUUAGCAUUUACAGUUCCAGUCACUUAACAUUCACUUAUUUGUGUUCUCCAUAACAGGCGAGGAAGGUACAGUCACAGUUUACUUCUUAUUGACCAUUAUCUCUCAAUUUAGGACUUGAUACUCAGAGAAGAACAAUAUCCCUACUUGUGUUCUUUAAUUCAUAGUUAGUCCUUAUCAUAACAGUAGUGUGUGUGAUGGUAUGACAUGAUUUGUAGAUUGUUAACUUUACCAGAAGAUUUAUAGCUUCCAAAGGCAUAAUUGUUUGUGAUGAUUUAUAUUCAGUGAUUAUUUCAUUUCAAUAUAGGAGUUUGUACUGGUUGUUAUGUGAAUAUUAUGUGGAUCGUUGAUGUACAUAAAUUAAAGAGUAGUACUGUACAAAGGUCACACAUCAUAGGAAAAUUAAUGUGGCUCUUUUGUUUUCCUAAGGUGAAAGAUUCUUGACAAAUUAACAAACAUGGCAGAGACAUUAACACGAGAGGAAAGAUUUGGUUUAAUAUUCAUUCAUGUAAAGCCAGAUACAGUAUCUCGCACCGAUCAGUUCAAGUAGAAUUUAAUCAGUGAUAUCCGUUAUGUUGCCAAUUAAAUUCUUUUGUUGUGAUUUCCUCGCAUGAAAAAAAUAUAUGAGUUUUCCUAUGAUGUACGACCUAUGAGACUAACGUGGACAGGUGUUUCUGCUGUAAAAAAAAACUGUAGAUUUUGGUAGGUAUUAGGUAAAAUGACAUUAGAUAAGACAUAACCAGAAAGACAGUUGUUAUGAAAUGGCUGAUAUUGGAAGUAACUCAUGCAAUUGUGUCAUUUCUGUGUCGACAUUGACCUUGGUUUAUGAUAGAACUAGUCAUGUCAGUGUGUGUGUGUUGGAUACAUCUUCAUGCUGGUAUAACACUGUUGGCUUCAGUGUCCCCUCUCACCUCACUACUCAGACAGAAUAUGUAAAUCACCCAUGUUAGGGAAUUAUGUCGCACUGUGUUAAAUAUUGUGUAUAAAUACCAUGCAGUGUUACAUAGCUUGUAUUAGUAGGAAGAUGUAUUAAAGAAUUAUAAAACUCAUUAGGGAUGUAUUGUAUAUUGUAUGUACUGAAGGUGUUGGAAAAAUAACAGAAUUUGCAAAGCAGAUUAUUGAUCUGUGCACCUGUGACAAUUUGUACAUAGGUAAUACAUAUAACAGUUACCAGGGUUGGGUUUCACUAAGACUCUGUAUAUAUUAAUUUUGUCCUCAAAUUGAUGCUAAUUGACCUUACAAUAGUAACUUAUAGUAGAGUGUUGGGUGUAAUUUUGAUGCACUUUUAGAUGUUAUUCUUGGGCUGGAGCUGAAGUCAACCUUAUGGGUGUGUUUGUACAUCUCCAGUUACGAGGUAAAUUAUAAUGUACAGUUUGAACCUUUGUGAAUCUAGAACCAAUUUAAUAACUUGUUUUAGGAUGUUAGGAUUCCCGGCAGAUGUGGUGAGGUCUUUACAUGACCUGGCCAGCAAGAGCUAAAGUUAUAAUGGCUAAAAUUAAUCAUAUUCCUCCAUUCGUAUCUUUUUGUAACCUUCAGUGUUUUUCUUGUUAUUUUUAUCCUUGCAACCAAAGUUAAGGUAGAGUCCUGUAUUUCACGUUAAUAUAGGAAGCUACCACCAUUCUGAGAUGUAGUUGUCAGUGUUACGAGUUUCAUUACUGUUAUUUCUUACCACAUGAAAGAUAAUUGUGUAUACAGGUGUGUGAAUGUAGGUAUUGGUAUUAUCAUAAACAUUAUUUUACAACUAUGGUUUAUGUACUCACUUAGUCAACAGUUUUAUUUAUGUGUAAACAUUUUGUAAACAGAAAAAUGUAGUGAUAAUGUGAGCCAACCUCAUAAUAUGUGUGACACCAUUUGGGACCAAAAUAUUUAUACUGUACAGUAUACUUAACAUUUUUAUACAAGAUUAUUUCAAAAAAGGUUCAGUAUUGUUAUUAUAUGUUUCUAACAAUGCUUUAUAAUUUAUAUGUACGUACAUUAUAUAUUACAGUGUACUUGUCUGUUGAUAAUAUGUAAAAGUGAUUAUAAGAAAAUGUUUAUCCACUCUUUUACUGCUGGGAAGUGGCAAGAACAUGGGUCAUCCCUGACAACAAAAACUAAACUGCCAGUUAUUCAACCAUUGUGGUCCUAUUCUUGUUUUCCCAGCAGGAGAAGUGGUAUUGUUUAGCGAGGUUGAGGAUUGGCCACUCCCACCUCACACAUCAUUAUAUGUUUAAGAGUGGAAUAGAGUGACAGGCCCCUCACUGCAACUCCCAUCACACUGACCUGACAGCUACCCAUAUCCGAUUUGACUGCAGGUCUUUUAGUCUUCAGAGGAGAGACAAUUCCUUGGACAAUAAAUCCAUCACCGAAAUUUUAAAUGAUGAGGAAGAUAUUAUUAAUGUUGUUAAUUUGUUUUGUUAACAAAUUUGGAUAUAUUAUAAAUUAUAAUAUGGAGAAAAUAGAUUAAUCUAAAGCAUUUCUUAUGUAGCCGUCAUGCUUCUUUGUUCCCUGCGGUCCCUUGGUGGAAACUGAGCCCCCCCCCCCUCCCGUUCUUUUUCUUUUAAAUAAUAAUAAUCCGUUCGCCUCCUCUGCUUUUUUAAAUGUUUUAAUUGAUCGUAAUUUUGUUUAUUAUUAUUAUCCCCUAAUUGUCAUACAAUCCUGACUGGUCAGUUGGCUCCAGUGCUUGGCUUUGAUCCUAAAUUCCAUAAAUCAGUUAAUCAAUCAACCAUACAGUACCUGUUGUGAGCAUAAGAGUUAAAACAAGUGUGAUGGAUAAAUUCCCAUUUUCCAGAUAUGAUAUUAAGGUUACUGACUUACAGGUAUUGUUUAAGAAUAAUAAUAAUUAACAGCUUUGUUAUUCUUAUUCUUAUGAUAUUAUCUUCACGUGAAUACUGUAAUUACGUUAUUCUGAUGUAUAAAGAAAAAGAUGUCUACCCCUUUUAAAUGAAAUAAAGUAUACUUAUA